AGUUUAUCUAAAGGUGUAGUAACGUGCGAACAAAAUGGACAUCGAUCAAUCAAAUUCGAAUAUGGACAUCGGGAGUAUGAUAAAAGAUCAAGUUGUAAAAUCUAUGAAAAAUGUCGACGUAAUGUCUCUUCUAAAAAACAUGGCGGCUACUGCAACAGAUAAUCAAGAAUCGGGAGAAAUACAAAGCAAACUGCAAGAUAUUCUUGAGAAGUAUAAUAACAUGCCGGAAGAUAUGAAGGCUGAAUUUACUGGACAAUUAAAAGAUUUAUUAGUAAAGAAAUUGGCAACGAAAUUGAAAGAUGCGCCAAUAAACUUCAGUGGCUUAGAAGAGGCGAUACAGAAUGAGAUUGUCACUCAAAUGUAUUAUAUUGGAGCCGGUGUUUUUGUGCUCAUCGUGAUUAUUGUAUUCUUCGGUUACAAACUCUACAAAUCUAUAAAGGAAAAGGAGAAGAAAAGAGAAGAGAAGAAAAAGCUAAAACAGAUGAAGAAAAAGAAGUAAAAACGUGUGGACAGAUUCACAACGAAUAAUGCCUGAAGAAAUAUUUUUAUUUAGAAAUAUUUUAAAUCUACGUUAUUGAUUAUCUGUUAUUUCGUUUUAUAGAUUUUUAUUUAUUUAUAAUGAAAUGUUGUAAUGAAAAGGAUUUUGACCGUUGUU